AUGAAAAGAGAUGGCAUGGCAUGGAAUGGAAUUGAUGUUAGCUUUGCCAUGUUGUUAGGCAUGCAGAAUGCUAAGAACACAUCAAUCAAUUUUGACAACAUUAACAAUCAAGUCCAGGGACAAAGUUGGCCAGUAUCAGAAUCCGAAAUUUGGGGGCACGCCCAUUGUAGGGGCGGAGAGUUAUUGUUCAAACAGUGA